AAAAACCCUCUUCCCGCCAUAAAUAUACCAUUAAUUUGAAGACGAAAAAUGGAGUUUAGUAUAAGUGGGAGUUCACUGAAAACCCUAUCUCGCUCCAUCACCUGCCUCGCCCGCAUCGGCAACGAACUCGUUUUUCAGUCUUCUCCUUCUCAGCUCUCUCUUCAUACUCUUAAUUCAUCAAGAUCGGCCUAUCAAUCCAUAACAUUCAAGCCCGAUUUCUUCGAUGUAUAUUCGGUAUCUGGUGCCCUGGUCCAAUGCAGCGUGCUUUUGAAGGCAAUAUGUUCGGUUCUGAGAACUCCGAUUGCUAGUAUCGAUCAUUUGAACGUUGUGCUGCCCGAUUCUGAUUCGUCGAAGGUGCAGUGGACUUUGGAAUGCUUCAAUGGUAUGAGAAAAUCGUAUUGGAUAACGUGCAACGUCGAACCCGAUAUACAACAUCUAUCGCUUGAUAGAAGAAAGCUUCCGAGCAGCUUUGUUGUAAGGCCUCGUGAUCUCAACAGAUUACUGUCUAAUUUUCAAUCAACCCUUCAAGAGAUUACAAUCAUUGCAACCCAACUGCCUGCAUUGCCUCUCGAUGCUGCUGACGAGGUUGGCGGAAAAGCCGUUGAACUUAGAAGUUACUUAGAUCCCACCAAAGAAAAUGAUUCGUCGCUACACACUCAGCUCUGGAUAGAUCCUACCGAAGAGUUUGUCCAGUAUACUCACUCUGGUGAUCCCGUUGACGUAACAUUUGGAGUUAAGGAGCUGAAGGCAUUUCUUGCAUACUGUGAGGGAUGUGAAGUUGAUGUACACUUGUAUCUUGAUAAAGCUGGAGAGCCAAUACUGAUGGCACCGAAAUUCGGGUUAGACGACGACGGUUCGACUUCAAACUUUGAUGCUUCCCUUGUACUUGCCACCAUGCUCGUGUCGCAACUCAAUAACGGUGGAAAUUCUUCUCAACCUCAUCCAACAGUGGCCAAUAACCGGGCCCCGGAACAGCAGGGUACAAAAGGAAAUACUUGUGAGAAUCCAUCGGAUCACACCAGAAUUUGGUCUGAACUCUCAGGAAGCGCUGUAAGAGAUUCUACUUCUGCUGAUAGACGAGUCAUCAGGGAAAGAAAUCAAAAUACCAAUGACCAGGGGACUACAAUUCAGAGGAUUGAUGCCAUGAACAUUUCUUUAGAUAAUACUGGUGACGAAAUGCCUGCUCGUCAGAUGGACUGCCAUGUCAUGGAAACAGAUGUUCGAGGACAGACGCAAGAUGGUGUAGGCAUUACUAAAGAACAUGUUUUAUCACAACGCCAUCGAAGCAAUUGGGUAGAUGCAGACGAGGAGGAUGAUGAAGGGGACGAGACUGAGUUAUAUGUCGAGUCAACACCACCGUACUUGUGAAGAAGGCUGCUAUUACUUGUCUCUACAGUAAGGAAGGUCUAAACUCCGUAAAAGUUGGUUCAUGUCGAGUUUGCUAAAUAGUCAAAACGAGGGAUUUAAUGAGAAGAUGGGAAUGAUAUUAUUAUGGCUACUUUGCCUUCGGACAUACUGUGGAUUUAUGCUACUUUUUUUUCCUUCGUCGUGUCAUCGAAUUUCACAUUCUCUCUGA